CGGUGUCGCGAGGCCGCCCGGCGCGAGGCGUUCGCGAGCGGAGAGUCUCCAAGAUGGCCGCGUGGGGAAGGAGGCGUCUCGGCCCGGGCAGCGGCGGUGGCGGCGCUCGAGAGAGGGUGAGCCUGUCGGCCACAGACUGUUACAUCGUGCACGAGAUCUACAACGGGGAGAACGCCCAAGACCAGUUUGAGUAUGAGCUGGAGCAGGCCCUGGAAGCCCAGUACAAGUACAUCGUGAUCGAGCCCACCCGCAUCGGCGACGAGACGGCCCGCUGGAUCACCGUGGGCAACUGCCUGCACAAGACCACUGUGCUGGCGGGCACCGCCUGCCUCUUCACCCCGCUGGCGCUGCCCCUGGAUUACUCCCACUACAUCUCCCUGCCCGCAGGCGUGCUGAGCCUGGCCUGCUGCACCCUCUACGGCAUCUCCUGGCAGUUUGACCCCUGCUGCAAGUACCAGGUGGAGUACGACGCCUACAGACUGUCCCGCCUGCCCCUGCACACACUCACCUCGUCCACCCCGGUGGUGCUGGUCCGGAAGGACGACUUGCACAGAAAGAGACUGCACAACACGAUAGCGCUGGCGGCCCUGGUGUACUGUGUCAAGAAGAUCUACGAGCUCUGCGCGGUAUGACCGCACUGCGCCGAGCCGCGAGGCGGCCAGGCUGGGGAGGCGUCUGGCGUCACGGUCGUUAUUUUAAAGAAAUAACAGGUGACAAGUGCACCAAGGGCUUUCUCAGCUCGUCACACUAAGAUGUGGAUUUCCGCCACCAUGGGGCCUGCGGCUGUGGAAGGCCCACUGGGCAGCAGGAUGUGAUGGAAGCAAGGCUCCGGAGGGGGUGUGGACGCGCUUGGGGGUCGUUAAGUGUGUCAUUUAACUGUACCAUCCAGAGCCAGCCAGAGGCUAGUGACCAUUAAAAUGAUGAGAAUUUCA